CGUUCGUCGCGGCAGUUUGCUGUUUUUUGUUAUUGUUUUUAUUUAAGAAAAUUCUGUUUAAUAAACGUUUCCAUAAAUCGCGGCGGCAGUUAGAGGCAAUUGGCUGUGCGGCAGUGUCGUUUCGAUUCCAAUACACGUCUCAAGAGUUGUACGGUUUUUUGAUCGCUCGAACAAAUGAGCGCAAAAGUCGAAACCAUGGACGUAAACGUCGGCGCCCAAACCAGUGCCGAAACCCAACAGCCGAAGGAUCCCGAUCCGUUGUUUACGAUAGACAAGUCAAUGCACUCCCGCAGUGAAUUUGUAAUACCGAUAUACGACGAGGAGAAAGCUUUCGGGUACAAAAAAACCGACACAAGUUCGGACUUCAAACCUAACUCUUGUUGGAAUUGUGGGUCCACAACACACGCGUUAAACAGUUGUUCCAAGCGGAAGAAUCAACGAACGAUUAGCCGAAACAAACAAGCGUUUAUGGAACACAAAAGGCUACACUCGGGACCGAGACAGAGGACUGGCAGGGGAAGGUUCACGCGUUAUUACUUGGAGGAUUUUCCAGACGAGCCGACCCGAUGGAACGACUAUGUGGCCGGUAAACUGAGUAGAAAACUGUUGUCGGCGUUAAACGUACCCAAAAACGGACUGCCGCUACAUAUCUACAAAAUGCGAAAAUUCGGUUACCCGAGCGCGUGGCUCGAAGAAGCCAAAGUGAAACCUUCGGGCAUAUCGUUGUACAUCGAUUGCAAUAAAAGCGAACCGAUCAUCGGGGAGGACGGUAAAAUCGAUACGCACGACCAAUUCAAAAUCGACAUGAGGAAGCUUUGGAAAUACCCUGGUUUUAACACACCUUGCCCACCUGGCACGAUCGACGAACAUUUGAAGUACAAUUGCCCCGCGUUCGACCCCAACCAAAGUCUUGAAAAUAUGUGUGAACAUUUUAAAGAUUACAAGCUAAAACCGUACAGCCGAACUAAACUAUCGUUUCCCGGAGUCGCUGCGACCAAGAAAGUCACAGCCACCGUAACAAGUGCCACCGUAACAAGUGCUGCCGUAAGCGACCAAGAGAAUCCUCCUUGCGAGAAAGUAGAAACGGCACCCGUUAAAAACCCCGUCGAAUCUUCUCCGUCGUCUCUGGAAGAAGGAGAAAUUGUCGACAGCGAUAACGAAGUACUAGAAGAAACAAAACCGAAGAUUACGGACGUUUCGCUAGAUCUAGACGAAAUACCUAGUGUCCAAAAUCCCAUAAAACUAGAACCCGAAAGCGUUGCCAAUGUAAUCGACCAACGAGUAGGAGAAACGCCGACGGUAGUCAGUCCGGAAAAGAAACCCGACGUUGUGAAGCUCGAAAGCGAUAGCGCCGUUACCGAUCCGAGUUGCGAUCGGGUAGAGAACAACGGAGAGAAGGACGAUGCAACGUCGAGCGAGGCGGUCAAACUAGAAACACCCGAAAAGGGUACGGAACCGAUAGCCGCCACUUCUAGUUCGUCGAAGAGGAAGUACGGAGAGCUUAAGAACGAAAUAUCGGGCACUCCGGUGUUGAAACGGUUCUCGCCGUACGCCAAUCGUCCGUCCCACGAGAAAUUCGCCAAAGGCAUGGUGGACAUAAUCGAACACGAUACCUUGCCGGGCGCGGUCGGCACGUUCAACAAACUAAAAGAGAUCCUCAAGGACGUCCGUAUCAAGCUGGACAACGCGUUCUGAACGCGGUUUCCGUUAGUUGCUCGUGUGCAGCAACGAUAAAAUAAAUCUUAUAAUUUUAUGAAAACAAUUAUCCGGACGACAAAUAAUAACUGUUAUUUUUUUUUUUUUAUCAUUAUUAUUAUUAUUAACUAACCAAUCGAGUGCCAUUUUGGUUGCACGUGAUAUUGUAUCUUCGACGACGAAUACCCAACGUGUAGUAUCGACUAUCAAAGAGGAUUAUUAUGAUUUUUUUUUUUUUUUCAUUUUGACCAAUUAAUAACCGACAAAACAAAUUUAGCCGAAAUUUCUUUAGACAAACAAGUUUUUUUUCUCUUUUUUCAUCAUCAGGAUUUUACGCUGUGUAUAUGUUAUUAUUAUUUACCUUUUUGUUUUAUAGUUUAAUGUUUACGUUGAAUCGCAUGUGUUUGAAACGCGUCACUUAGGGUCGGUGUGGUUUUUUGUGAUUUUUCAUCUACUGUAUAGAUAUAGUAACUGAUUAUUUUAUUAUAUGCUUGCGAUAAAGUAUUCAAUUCGUGUACAAAACAAUAUGUUGUUAAUGUGUAAAAGAUGUAAAUUUAUCAGCAUACCGUGUCCGUCUCAAACGGUGUCAAUCGGUCUUCCCAGUUGACGUUCAAUCCAGUUGUGUCAUACAUUUUUUUUUUUGGUCUUAAGUUGUAAUUUUUUUGACGUGUAUAAAAUAUUUUAUAUCAUGAUUAUAUUAUUAUAGUUAUAGUAAUUGUAUUCGGGUCACGUAAACUGACAAACGAGUCCACUUCCGAUUGAUAUACGGAAACGAUGUCUUGUAGUACUUUUUUUUUUUUAUAUAAUGUGUGUUAACCUUUUUUAUUAUAUAUAUAUAUAGUAUAUAUUUAUAAAUGUAUAAAAUAUGAAUUCAAUAAUGUUUCGCGGUCGACAGUCGUCGUUGUUACCUCAAUGUUUUUUUUUUUUUUAGAUCUCAUUCGUAGAGAGUGAAAUAUUAAGUGUUCUAUCGUUGCAAUGUUACCAAUUACACGUAACUAAACAACAAUAUUGUUUUCGAAUGCUGUAUAUACUGUAACAUAUAUAUAUAUAUAUAUUUAUAUAUUAUAAAAAAUAUUACUAUAAUUUUACUAAUUAAUAUCUAUAGUUAAUGUUUGAGUCGAUAUUAUAGUGCCACAACGUAUUUUUGUUUUAUUAGUUAAAUCGUUUGACACAAAAUCAAAGUAUAAUAAUAAUAAUAAUACAACCUAUUUGAUCGUCGUCAAAGUCAAUUUUCCGGUAUAAAUAUAAAAUAAAAAAGCAACUUUGUUUCGUUCAUUGUAAUGUAGUAUAUAUUUAAUUUGUCGCUAAAUUAUUUGUAUUCCGUGUGACGCAUGCUUAGAAAUUGUUUUUUUUUUCUUUUCUUAAGUUUGAGUUUAUUUCAAUUUAUGCUAAGUUAGACGUAUUGUACCUACUUAUAAACAAUGUACAAAACUAAUGUCGUUAGUAUUUUAAUCGCAUUGUAAAUUGACCAAAAGUAACGACUUAAGUUGAAGAGUGAAAGUGUCAAACGUGUCCAAGUGCCAAAGUAUAAAAAUUGAACUUUAUAAAUUGAUUUGUAUUUUAUUCAU